UCAAAAAACCAUCUCAUAACGUCAUCUGAUUGUUCCUAUUCCUCUAAAAACCCUACAAAAAAACGAAACCUUUCAGUGGUGUCUUCUACAUGCGACAAGCCCUAGAACAAAACGACAUGGAUGAAAUUUAUGAAAUUGAUGAUCAUUAUCCUUUUAAGGAGGGAAGCAUUGUUCAUGUUGAGAGUGAAACCAAUGUUUAUGAUAGUGUGCAUGAUGAGGAUGAUAGUGACUAUAUAGUUGAUAACGCUAAUAGGCAUGAUGAUCCUGAAGUAGACAUGAGGGAUUUUAGGUUACAUGUUGACUUGGAUGUAGAGGACACUAACAUAGGUGUUCUAAGAGAUAUUGAAGCAGAGGAUGAGGUUUUGGACAAUGAGGCUUUUGAUAGUGGCUCAGACUCCGAUGAGAAUGCAACAAGUAUUAGGAGACGCCAAUUAAAUUAUCUUAGAAAGUCAAAUGAAACCACGGCCAAUUUCUAUCUAGGCCAGAUUUUUGGAAGUAAGGAAGAAGGGAAGCAACUGAUCAAGGCACAUGCUGUUGAAACUAGAAGGAUUAUUAAAAUUAUAAAGGAUGAUAACAUAAGGGUUAGGGCAGUUUGUCAAGGGGCUUUACCAAGUUUUGAAACUAACGUAGAUGGAUCCAAUGUGUUAGAAGGAAAAGGACCUGGCAUAAAUGUUGGUGGGAGGGGAAAAAAGACUAAUCCUCAUCAAUAUCAAUGCCCUUGGGUGGUUUUAAUUUCAAAAGACGGUCAAAGUGAAUCUUGGAUGGUGAAGACUUUGAUUACAGAACAUAAAUGCCUUCAAACUAGAAACAUUUAUGCUUGCACAUCCACUUUCUUAUCUCAACAAAUGUUAGAACAAAUUGAUGAAAAUCCGGAAAUACCUGUGAAAGCAGUUCAAGAACAAUUUCAAAGGAGAUAUGAACUAGCGGUUUCCAAGAUGAAAGCAUACAGGGCCAAGAUCAAAGCUAAGAAACAAGUACAAGGAGAUUACGUUACACAAUAUGCUUGGCUUAGAGAUUAUGUCAAUGAACUUCUUAAUAGAAACCCAGGUUCAACUGUCAAGAUAGAGGUUGAACCAGUAAGGAACCCAAAAUAUAGAAAGAGAAUAUUCAAGCGGAUCUAUGUAUGCUUGGGGGCUUUGAAACAGGGGUUUAAAGCAAUAGGUAGGGACUUGUUGGGUCUAGAUGGAGCUUUCAUGAAAGGUCCCUUCCCGGGUCAGGUGUUAACAGCAGUGGGUAUUGACCCGAACAAUGGAAUCUACCCACUUGCUUAUGCUGUUGUAGAGGCAGAGACUCUUAGCUCUUGGACUUGGUUUCUUGAAUGCGUAGGAGAUGAUUUGGAGUUGGCUAGAAACUCUAACUUUACAUUUAUCAGUGAUAGACAGAAGGAUAUUCUUCCUGCCAUUCAAAAGUUGUUCCCGUGUGCUGAGCACAGAUUCUGUCUUAGGCACAUUCAUGAGAACAUGAAAGCUACUUUCAAAGGAAAACUUUAUAAAGAUAUGCUAUGGAAGGCGGCCACAUGUACCACGGUUGUUCAAUUCCAAGAUGCAAUGGAUGAAUUGAAAAAGUUCAAUGCAAAUGCCCAUUUGUGGUUGUCAAAAAUCCCAACUCAACACUGGUCCAGAUCACACUUUUCUGGUAGGGCUUUGUCUGAUGUUUUACUUAAUAACAUGUGUGAGGUGCUGAAUGGCAAAAUUGUUGAUAGUAGAGACAAGCCAAUUAUAUCAGCUCUUGAAUUUAUAAGGAAGUAUCUCAUGAGAAGGAUUGUGACUGUGUUGGAGACAACUGAAAGAAGUGAUGGGCUGCUUACGCCCCAUGCCACAUAAACGUUGGAAACAGUGAAGAAAGAUGCUACAUAUUACACUGUUAUGUGGAAUGGGGAGGAUCAAUAUCAAGUGAGUGGGAGACGUAGUCAAUAUGUGGUGCAAUUGAAUGAAAGGUCUUGUACUUGUAAGGCAUGGGAGAUAACCGGGAUACCAUGCAAACAUGGUGUGGCAGCAAUUUGGUACAAGGCUGCUAGCAACGGACAACAAGUUGGAAUACUAGAAAGUUGGGUGCAUCCGGUGUACAGGAUGGAUACAUGGAGACAGGUUUAUAGUUUCAAGGUCAACCCAAUCAAUGGCAUGUCUAUGUGGCCGAAAUCACAAGUUCCUACUACUUUAAAACCACCACAUUAUCACAAGCAAGUGGGAAGACCAAGAAAAGCAAGGAAGAAAUCUGCAGUUGAAUUGGAAGACAUCACACAGGGUGGAAGGUUGUCAAAGAAGAAUACAAUUCAAACUUGUCGCAACUGUAAAGAAAAAGGCCAUAAUAUCAGGAGUUGCAAGAAAGCCAGAUCACAAGUUUAGUGGGUGUUGACUUUCAAAGUCAAAGGGUGGUCACAAUUUUUGGAACUUUCAGGUUUAUGUUUUUUUUUUUUUGUCUUUUUGGAACCUGGGCAGUAUGCAUUUCAAGUACUUUCUUUUGCAACCUUGGGUUGGUAUGGUUUAGUAUGAUUUUGAA